AUGCUGGAUUGCAAGGAAGCUGCAACUCCCAUAGCUACAAACUGCUACCUAGAUCUUGAUGAAGCUGCCAAUAAACCUGACAUCAUGCACAGUGUAUGUCUUUGUGCUAGAUUUCAGUCUUCACCUAAAGAAUCAAACCUAACUGCUGUAAAAAGAAUUUUGAAAUAUCUUAAAGGAACAAAAAGUCUUGGACUGUGGUAUCCAAACUGUACAAAUAUUUUUCUUGAAGGUUAUAGUGAUUCUGACUUUGAAGGAUGUAAGCUAGAUAAAAAGAGCACUAGUGACACUUGUCAUCUACUUGGAUCUUCUUUAGUCAAUUGGCAUUCAAAGAAACAAGCUUGUGUGGCAUUAUCCACCACAGAAGCUGAAUACAUAGCAGCUGGUAGCUGUUGUGCUCAGCUUCUUAUGAUCAAGAGCCAACUAGAAGAUUACAGUAUAUUGAAAUAA